AUGACGGAAAAAUUGUUUUGGUCGUGUAUUAUAACUUUUGUAGUAACGGUUGCAGCAUUUACUGUUUUAGAUGACGACAUUCGCAACGAUGACACUUAUGAUGUUGAUAACAAUUACGAGGACAGACAGGGAAAAAUACUGUUUCCCUUCGUAAGUAUAGUAAGAUUUGCGAAUGUGGACUGUUCGAGUUCUAACACCAUGAAUGGGACGUGUCUGGCUCGACGUGAAUGCAAUAAUCUAAACGGCACCAUAACUGGCACUUGCGCAUCUAGGAGAGGCCGAUGUUGUAUCGUUUCACGUUCCUGUGGCACGACGACGAACGUGAAUAACACCUAUUUUACAAGUCCCGGUUACCCAGCCGCGUUCGCUGGAGGUCAGGCGUGCACAAUCAUUGUUAAUCGGUGUAAUAGCAAUGUUUGCCAGCUACGCAUAGAUUUACUGGACAUGGUAUUAGCGCAGCCGAAUGGUGACGGCGUGUGCGCGACUGACUCUCUCACUAUAACUGGUGGCAACACUAUAGUGCCUAUCCUUUGUGGGGACAACACUGGACAAACACUGUUUGUGGACUUUAACGACGAUGCUGCGAUUACUAUUACUGUUACCGCUACCCUCGCUACCACAUUCACGAGACGAUGGAACAUAAAAUUAACGCAAUUAGGAUGCGAUUGUCCUGGCAUAGCACCUAACGGCUGUUUGCAAUACUACACGGGGACAACCGGUACUAUACAAAGUUUUAAUUACGGUUCUGCCGCAAACACGCUACUCAGUGCUUCUUUAGUAACUGGUACAAGGCAGUUAGCUAAUUUAAAUUAUGGGAUAUGUAUCAGAAUGGAAGCUGGGUACUGCACAAUACAAUAUUCACAGAGCGCAAACGACGUGUACUCUUUCACCGUGACUGGUGAUGUAGAGGGAGCAGACGCUACCGUUUUAGGUACUGCGAUAGGCGCAGUUAACGGGGUGGCGUGUACUACGGACUUUGUGGUCAUCCCUAACCCAGUAGUAACUGCCACUGCUGUUGCUGUUGGUACUGAUCGUUUUUGUGGUUUGGGAUUCGUUCCCGUAUCGUCGAGUUCUAAGCCUUUUGUAUUAUACGUGGUAACGGAUGCAAACGAAGGCGCUACAGCAACCACACCACCAGACGUCGCCAACAGAGGUUUCUCCCUCGCGUACACUCAAAUCGCUUGC